AUGAACGGCCGUCUGCUGUUGGUUUUUGUAUUGUUGAGUGUGAUCGGGUUCGGGGAAAUGAAGAAAAGGAAAAUGGAUUAUCCUACGGACAAACAAUUAACUUUGCAAAAGAAGGAGACGACGCCUGUUGAUUUUACGAGGCUGUUGGUGAUGAGGGUUGUGUAUGGGCUGGCGAAGGUGAUGGGCUUUGAAGAGCAAGUCGGUGAAGUGCUGAACGGAGCUUUGGUGCCGCCCGGCGCUGAUGAAGAUGAUGAUUUCGAUGAUGAUGAUGGACUGUUUGAUGAUUACUAG